AGGUAUAAUUGAGAUGGCAGAUCUGGUGGCUGUGACCAAAUCUGAUGGAGACUUGAUCGUGCCAGCUCGGAGAAUCCAAGCAGAGUACGUGAGUGCGCUGAAGUUACUCCGUGGCCGUUCAGGAGUCUGGAGACCAAAGUAAUUCUUUUGUGGUGCCCUCGGCCUCCGUAUUUGAGGAGCAUGCUUGGAAAGUCGAAGAACGUUAGCUAUGGAUGGCCAAGGUCAGGCAGUCAGCAGCACUUCUAAGGAUGUCACUGCCAAACUACUUCACCUGCAGGGCGGCUCUCCACAAGACCACGGACAUUAAAGGACUAUUUCCUCCUAUAAGCAGUCCCUUUAAAAAUUCAUUUGAUAUCAAGCAUGGAGUGGCACACCAAAUUCUUUCUGGAGAUUUUUCUCCAGCACCUCCAAAUUACGAAAGACCAUAUGGGAGAAUUAAAAAGCUAACAUCCAUGGACCUGAAGAAGUACAGUCGACGAAGGAGAGACUUCCUCAGUUUCAGGAACCGUGUGAUUCUACAAGCAAGGCUAGCUCAUCUGAAGACUCACAAGCGGAUCAAUACUCCGUUUAUAGUCUGGGAGGGCCGUUCUCGACAUUUGGCUGAGUCGGAAAACGAAGCCACAGAGCUGGAGGCCCAGAGCCUGCUUAAUUACCGCCUUUGAGAGAUUCUCUGCGACCACCCAUUGGAGUUGAUAUGUGACGCAGAGGAGAGAGAUUUGGAAAAGGCUCCGACACAGCACUUCUAUUCAACCAAUGAGAGCAUCUUGGAGCAAGUGAAGUCAGAAGAUGCGAGUGGAAUGAAGCCCAGAGUCUUCGGAAAAUGUUGGGCAGCCAGGUGAAGAUGGUUCACCUGGAUCCUUAAAGGAGUCUGGCACUUCUUCCUUCACAUUGCCCUCCGCGUUUCGUCUUUUCUGGAGUGCUCCAUCUGUCUCAAGAGAGGGGAUGGUUUCCAAAUUAUAGAUCUCCCCCUGCCUUUCUGAAAAAAAAAAAAAAAAAAGUGACAGUGUGAGGUUUUUUUAAAUGGCAUUUUACCAAAAAAGAACUGUGCAUUUGCUUCAGGAUGCUGUGUUUUCAAUUUUGGGUGAAUCUAUAAUUGAUGGUGUCUUCUAACUCUUAAGAUUCCCUACAUUUCCCUUCAUCUUCCAUCCAGACUUUUUGUUAAACAAUGAAUGCUCUUUUAUUUGCAGGUAUAUACUCUUCUGGAAUUUGAUACCCAAGGAGAGAACCCAAUUUUAAAGGGAGGGAUUCUGAAAGAAUCACCACCCCUUGUUUUGAAAAUGUAGGUUUUCAUGUAACAGAAUUUGUCAGAGUAGGCUCACCUCUAGAGAGACCUGUGACAAGGACCUAGUAGAUGCCAUCACUGCAAAGCACUCCCCUUAAAACCCUUCUAUUUUCACUUCCUCUGGAUUUACUGCUUCCACGGACACAUACACCCUGCUUGUCAAAGUGUGGUCUGUGCGGCCCCGCCAGAUGGUCUCCUUCAGAAUAAACGCUUUCCAUAUGAUAUUGUUUAUAUGUGUGUUUCUGGCAUCAAUUACUAAUUUUCUCAUGAUAUUUAAUAAGAGACAGAUUAUUUCAUUUCUAGCUCAUAAAACCCUGUACCUUUCUUUCUGUCGUGUCUGAUGAGGGUUAUUUUUCUUCCUGUUGGCAAAGCGGCAACACAUAUAGGCAAGAUCACUGAGGUGCGGCUCUUUUGCUCCCGCCCAAGUGGCAUGGAGCCCAGGAGGGUUCUGAUCCACCGCUCUCCACAAAGGUGCAGUUUGCAGCGCAUCUGAAAGCAUCAGUUGGGGUAGCAUGAGACCAGGGCUCCAACAUAAACCAUCUCUUUCAACCUUCAAGAUUUAUCCCCAAGGUUAAAUUUUAGGAAUUUGGUGACUGCCUCUGUCCUCUCUGGCCACAUCCAUCAUGUGGAUUUUUUUUUUUUUUAAGAGACCAUCACACUCCCUCCUAAGCCUUCAUCUUUUCCUCACACCUUAUUUUAUCAUUCUGGCCACAGCAGAGGGGAGUGGGGGUGGCUUUCCAUCCCUUGGCCAUUUUUGUUUGCAAAUCUCUACUCUUGUAUCUAGGAGAAGUGCUACUAAAUUUUACCCAAGCAUCCGUCUCCUGCGGCUGACUUGGGCUGACAGAAACUGGUCCAGGAAGACAGCAAGAGCUGGGAUGGUGUGAAGACAGACCGCAUGCUCAUCAAAGGAUGAAUUGUACCAAAAAUGGUGUGGAAAGUUGGUUUGGAGCAUGGCUGGGAUUAUGGGGUCGGCAGCUUAUUCUUCUCUGCUUUGAAGGAAUGUGAAGUAGAGGAAGGAAAAGUUAGAUCUCCCCGAGAGGGAAAGGACGAUUCCACAUCUUUGGGCAAGUGCAAGGCAUGCAUGGCUUUUUUCUUUAGCUACCAAACUUUAUAUGAGAGAAGACUUUUCUCGGAGUUCCCAUCGUGGCUCAGUGGUUAAUGAAUCUGACUAGUAUCCAUGAGGACGCAGGUUCAAUCCCUGGCCUUGCUCAGUGGGUUAAGGAUCCGGCGUUGCCGUGAGCUGUGGUGUAGGUCGCAGACGAGGCUCUGGUGUUGCUGUGGCUUUGGUGUAGGCCAUCGGCUACAGCUCCUAUUAGACCCCUAGCCUGGGAACCUCCGUAUGCCGCAGGUGUGGCCCUAAAAAAGACCAAAAAAAAAAAAAAAAAAGACUUUUCUCCAUGUCACCAGCUUCUCCACAUCAAUUCCUUCUUUAACCUGUUGGAGUUUGCUUUCCACCCCAAACCUGUCACUAAAACUGCCUCCUGAAAGAUCACCAAGGACCAGAAAACUGGUAAAGUCUGUGUGAUUUGACCUCGGCCUCCUCAUCCUUCUGUGCCAUUUCACAUAAAGGGCCGGGCUCGUCCAUGGCUUCUCUCAUGGCUGCUCCUCAGUCUCCGGGGUUGCCUCCUCUGCCUCCUGUCAAGUUGGCAUCUCCCAAGGUUCUGUCUUUGGUGCCUGCCUUUGCUGCUGUUGCUCUUGCUGCCCUGGUGUUAUUACCCUCCCCCGCCCCCAACCUUGGUGUCUACGUGUCUGAUCACGACCUUUCUUCUGAGCCCUGGCACUAAAAGUUCCACAGCCUUUCCUGCCUAAAAAUGUCCUGUUCGGAGAGGAAGUAUCACGAGACACUUGGCAAGGGCACCGAGGAUCUGCACCGAGAUGUUAAGAAGGGAAAGACAGGAGAGGUUCAUAAAGUGUUUGGCAGAUAAAAUGAACAGGUCUUUGAAGGAUUAGCUGUCCCAAGGAAGGGAGGAGGAGAAAGGAAGAGGAGAGACAGGAGGGGGCAUGGUUGACCCCAAGUGUUGCAGCUCAGGUAAGUGGGAGCGUGGUUGUGUCCUUAUUGGUCUAAAGGACACAUGGUUAAAAGGCAGCCUUGAGGGAGAAGAUAGUGGCUUCCAUUCAGGAUGUCUCUGCCUUUUUUUUUUUUUUUUCCCUCUGCCUUUUUUGUCUUUCCUCCUCUUGUAGUGCUGCUAGAACCCUCUAUCUAAAACAUAGGUCAAAUCCUGCCAGUGUCCUCCUCGCUUUUUGUCUUAGCUUUUAUUAGCAAGAGAGCCCUCUGGACGUUCAGGCUCUUAACAAGGGACUUGAAGCCCCAUGCAAGCUGGCUUCAUUUGGUUUCAUUAUCAUCUUCUAGCACAACAGAACCUGCCAUACAGUUUCUCACCUUCUUGCUUUUCCUCAAGCUGUUCUCUCAAUCUGGAAUGCCCCCCCACCCCCACUUUUCCUGCCUCUGAGAAUCCGGCUCAUUCUUUGGACUGUAGUCAGCAUGCUCCAUCCCCCAUAAAGCCUCCUGUCACCCAAGCUGGAAGUAGUCACUCUUUAUUCAGUAUUGCCACAGAGAUUUACGUGUAUUUUUGCCUGAUAUUAUAAUGCAUUUGCUCAAAGAUGUGUUUCUUCUAUUAGUUUGUAAACUCCUUAAAGCUAGGAAAUGUCUUUUUUGUCUCCAUUUCUUGCCAGUUGCCAGCACAUGACUUUCCACAUAUUGGUUGCUCCUUCAAUAAUGAAUGAAAAAGAGAGAAAUUGGUGAAGGUUAGAGUGGAAGAGGAGUCUGGGGGUUGGCUGGAUAGGCUCGGACUAGCCUUGAACAUGGCCAACUAGGACGGGAACUCUGGGUUGUGGAGAACAGGUGCCGAGGAUAAUAACGAGGGAGGCAGUGGAUUAUGGGUAUGGUGAGGGGCUCAUGUUUAAAGACAGGAUCCUGGAGUUCCCGUGGUGGCACAGCAGAAACGAAUCUGACUAGGAAUCAUGAGGUUGCAGGAUUGAUCCCUGGCCUCGGCCAGUGGGUUAAGG